AUGAAGAUCACUAUUUUCGUUCUCAUCGCCGGUCUAUUCUCCUCGUUUGCCGCGGCCACGCCUGCAAAGCCUACAUGUACCUCCUCUCGUGCCCCCGAAUAUACACAGACUUGCGCGCCUGAAGGACGGGUUUGCAAGAAGUUUACGGAAUGCUGUUCGCGAUACUGCAAGUACGGUCUGCCCGGCGCAUCCAUGGGUAGAUGCAUGCCCUUGAAUUGA